CCCAUUUUUUAAUUGGGUUGUUUGUCUUUUUGUUGUUGUGUUGUUGACCUACGUAUUGUUUUAAAACAUUUUUACAUUUAAUAUGUCAUGAACAUUUUCCCUUAUCCUUGAAUGUUCUUGUAACUCUUGAAUUAUAGUGUGGCACAGAAUUUCAUUGGUCUGUGAUUGAACUUUUCCCUUAUCAUGAGACAUGCAUCUUAUUUUCCAGCUGAAACUAUUCAUGGUUUCUUUCCGUGGUGAGAGUAUUUGUUUCUCAUGAUGAAGAACACAUGGUAAACAAAUACUGGGUCUAAAGCAAAGAGAAGGAUAAUAGAGGAAAGUAAGUUAUUCUGGUUUGACUGGCAUUUGAUCUUUAAGGUACUUGGACUACAGCCUUUUAAGCCCUAGCUCUCUGAAGCCUCCUGCUAUGCAAUGCCUUUUAUUCUGAUUUGUUUUCUCUUCUACUGUGGCAGGACCAUGGCAUCCCAGGAAGCCACCCCGAGCAGCCAGUUAGAGGAGAGCAACGCUUUGGACCUGCCGUCAGCUUGUGACAUAAGAGACUACGUGCUGCAGAAACCCUGCCAGGAGGCCAACAGCGAGGAUUUUAGUUCUCUGGAAGCCUUUUCUUUUCCUUGCUCUUCUGAAGUGGAUCCAGAUGGGGAAGUUGAAUAUCAGGAUAAUGAAGAAAAUCACCCAAGGUCACUUAGUAAGCUGGCAAUUUCUACAUCUUGGGUAAUCCCCCGAGCAGACUACAUUAAACUGUGACUUUUCUAUUCCUUUUUAAAAAAUAAAAAGGGUUCUUUAUUAAAACUGCUGAUUUUUAAAUAACAUUGAACAGUCAUUACAGAUGUAACAGUUUAAGAGUUUUUUUUUAAGCCCAGGAAAGCUAUUUGCCCUCUGUGACAGUUCUCAUCACUUUUCCCUUUUGAGUUUCAGGGACACCUGCUGUUGGAGAAGAGACUUGUUUACUUUUGUGUACUUGGCUGGCAGCUCCAGUUUUGGUUGAGAAACAGGCAGUGUUCUGGUUGUGAGCCACACCUACAGGGUACUUAUCUCCCCAGUCCAGGUGAACAGUAGUGACCUCAUGGUCUGACCUGAUAGCUUUCCCCAAGGGCUCCUCCAAGUGAACAUUUGUUCAUAACUUGUCACUCAGCUGUGUCUGCCUAAGUAUGAAGAAACAACUGGAUUAAAAUAGUGAGACAUACGCCAUCACUAGUUCAUUUAUUGUUAAGUAUUUGUAAGGAAAAGACUAUACACGAUUAAGGGAAGACAGAAAGAGUAAUAGUUUAUUGCACAUUUAUUCUCCAGGUGCCAUGCUCUGCAUUUUACAUGCGUUGUUCCUUUUAUUUCUCAAAACCACCUGGGACUCAAACCUGGGUCAGACUGACGUCAAAGGCAGGGCUUUAAAGAAAUUCAAACAUCCAGGUAUUAUUAGAUAUGAAGUAUUAAGUUUUACAUUAAGUGGUGGACUACUAGCCAGAAGAUUGGCUGUUGGAACCCACCCAGAGGCGCCUUGGAAGGCAGGCGUGGCUACCUGUUUCAAGGUCAUGCCUUGAAAACCCUAUGCAGCAGUUCUACUCUGAACACAUGGGGUCGCCAUGAGUCAGAACUGACUGGACGACAAUGAACAACAAUUAAGUUUCAAGCCUUAAAUAUUCACGGUUACCUCUUUAGGUUCCUGUUAGCUUCGUUCUGCUAACUCUGAGUAUCUUCAAACUUCUGUCAGCACCCUACCCUCUCAGGGACAACCAUGACUUCUAGUUCAGUUGACUAGAUUUGUGUCCACUGAGCUGCCCUUUCCACGCUGGUCUUCCCAUUGUUGAUGAAGCUCUGACAACCUGCAGACUAGUCACAGAGAAGGCAUUGCCUCCUCACUGAAAUUUCUCACACUGGGAAGGAGCCAACUUCUUAUGGCUAAAACCAAGGGAAGAAAACAAGUCAGCAGUUUUAACUCUGUUGGCUAGAAUGAAUGAAACCCUUGAUAACUUUUUCUCGCCAGAAGAAACUUUCUCAUCUGGCUCCAGAACUCUUCUUCUUCUGGGCUGUUUGCCCUUUGAAGUAAUAAGCUGUGCUUUUUGUCUGCUGAGUGGCUGCCCCUUACCAACCCUCAGUCUCCCUGGAGUUCUUGAUAGAGCUGGAUUUUGCUAACAUAUUUGAAGUUAUAAAAACCCAGUUGAUUGCAACAUAGCUUUUCAGAGUAAGUGGUUUUUUGUUCAUCCCUGGGUCCCCAUGCUGAGGGGCAGGGUUCACGUUUUGCCCUCUGCCUAGUCUGAUCAUGUAGUGCUUUACAGCUGCCUUCUUCUAAGCCUAGACUCUGAUGUGUGGGUAGAGAAUAAGGGUACAUUGCUGGCACAUAGUAAGUGCUCGGUAAAGGCUUGUUGAAUGAAUAAAUGAAAAAAACACAGAAGCGGAACAUGGUAAGUUUUUAAAACAUAUAUAAAAUAUUUAUCUCAGUGCCUUGCUCCCCAAUUUGUAAUUUUAUCAUCCAAUUUAAGCUCUGCUUGAUCUUAUAUAUACGCUGGGAUGAGAAAGUUUCUAUCCUAAGCCACACAAAUUUGCUUAACUCUCAUCUGGAAAGUCUUCACACUAGGCACUAGGCCGAACUAGUCUUUCUGUAAAUCCCUGACUUUUUUCCUUGAUAAGAAAACAGAGAAAUGAACAGCUGUGAAGAAAUACAAUGCAACUGAGGGUAGAAUAUUUAUCACUGCAUUUCUCUGUCCUGAAGAAAGUAUGUUCUUAGUGGAGCUGUUUCUUCAAUACAUUUAUGCAGCAAAUAUUUCUUUAGCAACAGUGCAUGGGAUUUAGGAUACUCCUAAAGAUUGCUUUUAAAGAUACUAUCUUAAGAAAACUGUAUUGCUAUCAUAUUUCAUAGCAUUUUGUUUUUUUUUUUCCUGUUUACGAAGUAAUGCAAUUGAGUAGCAAAUUUAAAUAAAUUGUAAAAAUGAAAGAUUAGCCUCAUUUCUUUACAGUAUAUUCGGUAGUAAUUUUUAUGCCCAGAAUUUUUUUUUUUUACAAAGAACUCUUGAAUAAUAUUAGGGGGUGUUUAGGUAUAGUAUAAAUAAAAAGAUGAGGAAGUUACCCAUGGGUCACCACCAUCUUAGAAAUAGAGUUUGAGGGGAGAAUGGGUUAAAAUAAUGCCUCUUGUUUUUGGCCAGUAAAAACAGCUGUCCUGAGUCAUAGUGGCUAUGGGUUGGCAUCAGGCAAUGUCUUGCUAUGGGCAGGGUUUGAGACUACUGCCCUCUAGUGACCGCUUUUACACAUUCCUGAACAUUACUGAGAAAAAGAGUUGAAAUGCACCGGAUAUGUUAAGCCUUUGUCGUGUGUGCUUCCAGGGUUUUGCGCCUACUAGAGUAAAAACUAAAAGUUGUUACUUUAUUCAGUUGAAAUCUGCAAAGGUAACCUUGUGAAGGCCACCGCUGUUAAAUGUAGUUACCGCAUGUGCAUUAUGUAGUUUGGGGAGAGCUUUUUCAUUUGUCCUGCUUGGUUGAUUGCAGGUGAGAACGCAAAUGUAAAGAGUGAUGUUUGAUUUUUCUUUGCACAUUUGCCGGAAAAAAGUUGUCCUUUUUUUCCUUUUGCAAACAUAAGACCAAAGGAUUUACUUUUUCUUUAUUUGAUGAAUUUACAGCAGCAUCAAAGGGUCAUAAUGAGAUUUUAAAAAAUCUUUUGGAACUUCUAGUCUGACAAGAUGGCAUCGACCCAUUUCUCCUUACUGCUCCCUACUAAGUACAACUAUAAACCCUGGAAACACAAGAGGCAACCAAAGGAGAACUCUGAGAAGUGGUAAGAGAAGGUAAACUGGCUUGGGGCCCCACAAGGGCAUGGCAUCUUCUUCUCACCCAACAAAGAAGGUGACCCAGACCCAGUGCAUCCAGAGCCCCAAUCUAGCAACAGAAGGUGGCCCAGGUAGGCUCAUUUCUCCCAAGGAUUGAAUGGGAGUCCAUCCAACAUCACCAGGAAAGCUCAGCCCCUCCAGCAAGGGGGAUCUAUAGGGAGCACCACUAACAAUAAGUAGCCAAGGGAAGUGUCUC